UACCCGUCACCUUGGAGAUUUAGAAGGGAACAUGGCGAGGAACGACCCGCGAAAGAUCGAAUAAUCCAGCAAAAAUACACUAGAUACAAAGCCUUGGGACUUCUUUAUGUGUAAAAAAAAUACACAGAUACCAUUAGUUAUUUAUUUGAGCCCCAUUGUGCAUUAUUUUGUUGUGUGAAUCUAGAGUUUUGAUAACAUGUCUGAUGCACAACCAAACGAAGACGCAGCGGCAAAGUCGCGAGCGGGAAGUCCGCCACCAAGCAACGAAAUAGCACCACCGCUUAUAUCCUCACAACAGCCUAAAGAUGAGGAAAGUAAAAAGGCCGUGCAUAAACGAAAGCCGAAGCCUGCAAGCCAAGCUACUCCAGCCACUGGAGGGAAAAAGACAGUGACGCUCAUUGCGGGCUCUGAAUCCAUGAAAGAACGUCAGAAACAGGCGAAAGCCGAGAAAGAGGGCCGAAAAUCGACGAUGGAUACAAGACAUGCAUAUAUUUUCACAAAGAUUUCUGACACACUAGGGAUGGAUCCGAACCUUGUUGAAGAUUUUAUCCUUGGGGACUCCAGGUUUCCCCAAAUAGAUGAAUUUUUUGCUACAGAUGGCAUCAAGAAGCUAAUGUUCUACUAUCAGGAAUGCAAUUUACGCCGAGUUGAUCUGUCGACACAAGCAUCAAACUCUCACAAGAAACUUUUUAUUUCCACCGGAAACACCGAGAAAUUAACUGGCACAUGUCUUGUAUUCAUGAGGAUGUCUAACUCUAAAAACAUCACAACAGCAAACAUAGCACAGGAGGUGAGUUUUAUGCAGUUUGACGCAUCCAAGGGUAACAUCCUGGAAGGGUUUGAAAAGCUCCUCGGUGGAAUCAUGAUACCUGCGCUACAGAAACAGGAGAACUGGGGAGAGAUGUCAACACAGAUUUCCCAGGUCCAGGAGUUCUUAGAGUCUCUCGAAAGAUUUGUUAGCAUCCUGAAUGGCGCCAGGGGAAAUCUCAGUGGCAGGGUUCAACUCGGUGACCAUGAUCUCGGUCCCUUACUAGCCAGCCUAAAGACACCCACAGACUACGUCAUGGCAGCCAAUAAUCCUGAUGUGGUAGACAAGCUGGAAGGUCUCAUUGCCCAUUGGGCCCGUGAUAUAGAGCAAGUGCUAGCAGAAAGCGAGCAGAUGCGAAAAGAAGCAGAUGAUAUUGGCCCAACGGCAGAGCUGGAGCACUGGAAAAAACGAAUGGCUAAAUUCAAUGUGCUUCUGGAUCAAAUCAAAAGCCCCCACUGUAAGGCUGCUGUUGGUGUACUACAUGCGGCCAAAUCACGCAGCCUCAAGCAGUGGAAAGAACUGGAUAGUCGCAUUACAGAUGCUGCAAACGAAGCGAAGGACAACGUGAAGUAUCUGUACACUCUGGACAAAUUCUUUGGACCGCUGAUCAAGUGUUCUCCUACGGAGAUGAUCGAGUACGUACCAAGCCUGAUGAACGCCAUCCGGAUGAUCCACUCAAUAUCGCAGUACUACAACACCUCCGAGCGCAUGACGUCACUCUUUGUCAAGGUGACCAAUCAGAUGAUCACCACCUGCAAGGCCUACAUCAACCGGGGCGUGGUCAAGAUAUGGGAACACCCCAGAGAGGUGUUGUCCGGCCGGCUCAACGAGUGCAUCAAACUGAAUGAUGAGUAUCAGAGAUGCUUCCACAAGACCAAGCAGAAGCUUAGGGAAAACCCCAAGGAAAGGCAAUUUGAGUUCAGUGAGAACUACAUCUUUGGGAAGUUUGACGCGUUCUGCAAGCGCCUCGAAAAGAUAGACGACAUGCUCACGACCAUGGAGAACCUGUCUGGGAUAUGCAAAGUCAAAAUCGAGGGCAUUGAGACGAUUAUUGUGCGCUACACCACCAUUGUCUCCAAUGUGAAGAAGAAGGCCUAUGACUUAUUAGACCAUCGUAAAGGCGAGUUUGACAGUGAUUACGAGGAGUUCAAAGAAAGCAUUGAGCAGCUCAAGAACCAGCUACAGAUGUUCGUGGACUCAUGGUUUGACAAGUCGCUAUCGACUAUGCGCUCACUUGAAUUACUCAACAAAUUUGAGAACAUUGCUGGCGUGCAGCUCUAUCUUCACGACAAAUAUCAGCGAGUGCUUCUGCAAUAUGGACGAGAUUUGGAAACUUGUCGAAAGAUCUACCAAAAACAAAAGACAGACCCUCCGAUCUUACGCAACCUGCCCCCUGUGGCGGGUAAGAUCACGUGGGCUCGCCAGCUUUUCCGUCGCAUCCACGAGCCUAUGCUGAUUUUCAAGACCAAGUCUGAUCUGCUGAAAGGAGAGGAAGCCAAACGGAUCGUCAAGAACUACAACAAGAUGGCCUCCGUGCUAGUCGAAUUUGAGCUUUUGUACCACCGUGGCUGGUUCAGGGCCGUAGAGGCGGCAAAGAGUGGUCUAUACGCAUCACUUCUCGUCAGGCAUCCCGAAACUAAGGAGCUGUUUGUUAACUUUGACCCUCAAAUUGUAGAGUUGAUACAAGAGGCCAAAUGCAUGGCUCGUCUUAAUCUAGAGAUUCCGAACAGCGCUCAGGUUCUGCGUCUUAAAGAGGAACAAAUCAAAUCCUCUAGUAACAGACUAGUGGAUGUUUUGAAGGACUACAAUCACGUGGUAUCCGGGAUACCGGAAGUGUUUGUACCUCUGAUGAAGCCGUUCCUGAAUCGUGUGGACGAGACUGUCAAACCGGGCCUCACUAUGCUUAAUUGGACCUCUAUGAAUAUCAUGCAAUACAUCGAUAACAUCCAAGUAUCCAUACGAGGGCUAGAAAGACUCACCAAAGAGAUCAAGGAUAUCCAGGAGUGCCGCAUAGAGGCCGUCCUGGAGGAGAUCGGGUCCACCCCGCUGUGCGACCUGCCCGAGGAAGACGCUAUUACCGUGGAGGAGUUCGUGGAGACAACCGAAAAGACAUGUCUAUCGGCAGCGGAAGUACUUUCAAGAUAUGGCGAACUUGUCGAGACAUCAGUAGAGGUUUUGCUAGAAACUUUGAAGAGAAACCUAACGGCGGCAGAGAUCCAGCCUUUGGAGAAAGCCAAUUACCCAUGCAUGUUCCCCGAGUCUAAACAAGCAAAAAACAACAAGGGUAAUCGUUGCUGGGAGUGCAUGGCGUGUUCGUACUGGAAUCUAAUUGUGACAUACAAUCAACGUACUAUAGACGCGCUGGUCCGAUGCACACGUCUCUCCUUAGACACCAUCAAGAGAAGAAUGCACACGGCCAACAAAUACAUCGGCGAGAACGGCCAAGGCAGGGCUGCGCUUUUCAAGGCUGACAUUGUGCUUGAGAUUCCGUCUGUUUUGAUGAAGCCAAGUUUGGACGACAUCCAACAAGCGCUUAACAAGGCCGUCCAGAUCAUGCUGAAAACGACACAAAGCAUUCCCGAGUGGAAGGCACACAGUGCUAUACACAAGCCGCCUAUUCCAGUAGUCGAGGAAGGCAAGCCAAUCCCCCCAGUUCAAGCCAAAUCGUUGUUCAAGAUCGUGUCCGAGCACAAAGAUGUGGUUAAAGUAGUCAUCGUCCUGAACUCUAUCAUCAGCACCUUUAAGGCGGACGCAAAGGACUUACUGAGCGAGAUGGACCAAUUCAAGGAACUCUGGAACGAGGACCCGAACACUAAGGUCCAUGAAUUCAUGGAAUCCAAGCCGCUGCUCUCAGACUUCGACGCACAGAUCAAGUACUACCAGCAUUUAGAGACACAGAUCGAGGACCUCCCUUCAUUCUAUCGCAUCGGCUCUGUCAUCUAUCUCACGGAGCGACUCAAAGAGGCCGUAGUCACCGAGACCAAGGCUUGGAAACAAGCGUUUGGCAAAGCUCUUGCAGAGAAGGCAAGUGCCGAUAUGGAGGAGAUCUUUACUUUUAUCGAUAAUCUGAACAAGCGACUUGCUAGACCGAUUACCGAUCUUGAUGACGUUAGGGGAAGCAUGGCAGCGCUUGGCGAGAUCAGGGAAUCUGAAAUCAAGAUCGACAUGACAAUCGGACCAAUAGAGGAAUCCUUCGCGAUGAUGAAUCGCUACGGUCUGCACUUCUCGAGUAGUGAUGCCGAGCGCGUGGACGGGCUCACCUACGCCUGGAAGAAAGUCAACACUCAGGCGGGCGUUGUGGCAGCUCAUCUCCUCAAGAUUCAGCCUGAGUUUAAGGCUGACCUUUUGGAUGGCGUCACAAAGUUCAAGGUCCUGGUUCAAAACUUUGUGGAGGACUAUACAGAAAAGGGUCCCAUGGUACCAGGGAUCCCCCCACGCGAGGCUAGUGAUCGCCUGGCCAUCUUCCAAGCACGCUUUGAUGAGCUGUGGAGAAAAUACGAGACUUAUUCAGGCGGAGAAGAGCUGUUUGGCCUGGAGGUAACUGAAUACCCAGAUGUACAGCGGAUUCGCCGUGAGCUUGGCCUAUUACAGAAGCUUUACAAUCUGUACAACUCCGUGAUUGACAACGUCAAUGGUUACUAUGACAUCCUGUGGCAGGAAAUCGACAUUGAGAAAAUCAACCAGGAGCUGCUGGAUUUUCAGAAUAGGAUUCGUAAGCUUCCAAAGGGACUCAAGGAGUGGCAGGCGUUCCUUGAGUUGAAGAAGACGAUCGAUGACUUUAGCGAGUGCUGUCCACUACUCGAAAUGAUGGCUAACAAGGCUAUGAAGGAGAGGCACUGGGGACGAAUCUCUCAGAUGGUUGGCGUCACGUUAGAUGUGGAGUCCGAGACAUUCCAGCUUCGACAGCUAAUGAGUGCCCCACUUCUUCCAAAUAAGGAAGAAAUUGAGGACAUCUGUAUUGCGGCGGUCAAAGAGAAAGACAUCGAGAGCAAACUAAAAGGAGUGAUUGGCGAGUGGAGUGCACAGUCCUUCUCCUUUGCUGGAUUUAAGAAUCGCGGGGAACUACUUCUCAAGGGCAGUGACACCUCAGAUAUCGUGUCCCUUAUGGAAGACAGCUUGAUGGUCCUAGGUUCGCUCCUUAGUAACAGAUACAACGCGCCGUUCAAGGCCGAGAUUCAGAAGUGGGUGGCUAAACUGACCGGCUCCACUGAGAUCAUUGAGAACUGGCUCAUCGUACAGAACUUGUGGGUUUACUUGGAGGCUGUAUUCGUGGGCGGAGACAUCGCUAAACAGCUGCCACAAGAAGCCAAAAGGUUUAGCCAGAUUGACAAGUCGUGGGUGAAGAUCAUGCAGAGAGCGCACGAGAACGCGAACGUGGUACAGUGCUGUGUUGGGGACGACACACUUGGGCAACUACUACCGCAUCUGCUGGAACAACUGGAGAUCUGUCAAAAGUCACUCAGUGGGUAUCUCGAGAAGAAGCGUCUCCUGUUCCCUCGGUUCUUCUUCGUGUCUGACCCCGCCCUGCUCGAGAUCCUCGGUCAAGCGAGCGACUCGCACACCAUCCAGGCCCACCUGCUCGGUGUGUUUGAUAACGUGAAGACCGUGACCUUCGACGAGAAGGAGUACGACAAAAUCUUGGCCAUCAACUCACGCGAGAACGAGCAGAUCAUGCUCGAGAAACCCGUCGUUGCUCAGGGUAAUGUGGAGCUGUGGCUGUUCGCGCUUCUCAAGGAAGCCAUGAACUCUCUGCACGCGGUCAUCCGCAUGGCGUCUGUCGGGAUCAAAGACCCGAGUUUCAAGCUCAUUGAGUUCCUGGACGCUUACCCAGCACAGGUUGGUCUUCUCGGCUUGCAGAUGAUCUGGACGCGUGACGCCGAGGAUGCCUUAUCCAGUGCGCGCUCCGAUAAAAAGAUCAUGGCACAAAGAAAUCAGUAUUUCCUUGACAUGUUGAACGAGCUGAUCGAGGUUACGACACGUGAGCUGACCAAAGUUGAGCGGAUCAAGUUUGAGACGUUCAUCACAAUUCACGUCCACCAGAGAGAUAUCUUCGAUGAUUUGGUGCGAAAGAACAUCAAGACGCCGUCAGAUUUUGAGUGGUUGAAGCAGUCACGAUUCUACUGGCGCGAGGAGACAGAUCAGUGCUUGGUGUCUAUCACAGAUGUGGACUUCAUCUAUCAGAACGAGUUCCUGGGGUGUACAGACAGGCUUGUCAUCACCCCCCUGACUGACAGGUGUUACAUUACGCUUUCUCAAGCUCUGGGCAUGGCGAUGGGGGGUGCACCCGCUGGCCCAGCAGGGACAGGCAAGACAGAGACUACAAAGGACAUGGGAAAAGCUCUUGGGAAGUACGUCGUGGUGUUUAACUGUUCUGACCAGAUGGACUAUCGUGGUCUUGGGCGUAUCUUCAAAGGUCUUGCGCAAUCUGGUAGUUGGGGAUGCUUUGACGAGUUUAACCGUAUUGAGCUACCCGUGUUGUCGGUGGCCGCGCAGCAGAUAUCCGUGGUACUGACGUGUAAGAAGGAGCGAAAGAAGCAGUUCAUCUUCACGGAUGGUGACGUGGUGGACAUGGACCCAGAGUUCGGUAUCUUCCUUACUAUGAAUCCUGGUUAUGCUGGGCGUCAGGAGCUUCCCGAGAACCUAAAGAUCAUGUUCCGUACUGUUGCUAUGAUGGUCCCUGACAGGCAGAUCAUCAUUCGAGUCAAGCUUGCCGCCUGUGGUUUCAUUCGCAACAUCGUGCUCUCCGCCAAGUUCUUCACUCUGUACAAGCUCUGUGAAGAGCAGCUCACAAAGCAGGUCCAUUAUGACUUCGGUCUACGAAAUAUCCUCUCCGUGUUGCGUACUUUAGGAGCCGUGAAAAGAGCUAACCCCGAGGACUCUGAAGAUCGUAUCGUGAUGCGAGUGUUGCGUGACAUGAAUCUCAGUAAGCUAGUAGAUGAAGACGAGCCUCUGUUUUUGAGUUUGAUCGAUGACUUGUUCCCUGGCCUCCAACUGGACAAGGCAGGGUACCCGGACAUCGAGCAGGCGAUAGCGCAGUGUGUGGAGGAGGCCAAGCUGAUCAAUCACCCUCCAUGGGUGCUGAAACUAAUCCAGCUAUACGAGACCCAGCGAGUGCGUCACGGAAUGAUGGCGCUGGGACCGAGCGGCGCGGGUAAGACCAAGUGUAUCAACAUCCUGAUGAAGGCCAUGACCAUCUGCGGAGCGCCGCACAAGGAGUUCCGCAUGAAUCCAAAGGCCAUCACUGCGCCUCAGAUGUUCGGGCGUCUUGACGUGGCGACUAAUGAUUGGACGGAUGGCAUCUUCUCCACCUUGUGGCGGAAAACGCUCCGGGCGAAAAAGGGUGAUCAUAUUUGGAUUGUGCUGGACGGUCCCGUGGACGCCAUCUGGAUCGAGAACCUGAACAGCGUGCUGGACGACAACAAGACCCUGACGCUCGCAAACGGAGAUAGGAUUCCCAUGAGUCCGACCUGCAAGGUCGUGUUCGAGCCACACAACAUCGACAACGCGUCACCCGCUACCGUGUCCAGGAAUGGAAUGGUGUACAUGAGCUCGUCAGCGUUGGACUGGAAACCAAUCUUACAGAGCUGGUUAAAGACGCGCUCCUCGACAGAAUCUGAGAUUCUCUUUAACCUAUUUGAGCAGCUGUUUGACGACGUGCAGAACUUCCUGACAGUCAGCGUUGUACCGAGAAUGGAGCUGCUUGAAUGUAACUACAUCGUGCAGGCGUCCAAUCUACUGAAUGGUCUGAUUCCCGGAGAGGACGCCCCCAAGCAAGCCGACGCCUCACACCUCGAGAAACUGUUUAUAUUCUCGAUCAUGUGGAGUAUUGGCGCAUUACUGGAGUUGAGCGACAGAAAGAAGUUGGAAGAGUUCAUGAUGGAGACGUUUCCUGAUCUUAAGUGGCCGCCGGUGUCCGGACAGGACACAAUAUUUGAGUAUGUUGUCAACGAUCAAGGAGAUUGGCAGCACUGGUCCGAGAGGGUUGAGGCGUAUGAUUACCCUACAGAUUCCGUCCCCGAGUACUCAGGUAUCCUCGUACCUAACGUGGACAACGUACGGACGGACUUCCUGAUUGACUGCAUCGCAAAGCAGGAAAAGGCGGUAUUGCUAAUCGGUGAGCAAGGUACAGCUAAGACCGUCAUGACCAAAGGAUACUGCGAACGCUACGACCCGGAGCUACAUGUGUUCAAGGCCAUGAACUUCUCGUCCGCAACCACUCCCAACAUGUUCCAGCGUACUAUUGAGAGCUAUGUUGACAAGCGCAUGGGAACGACGUACGGGCCGCCAGCGGGUAAAAAGAUGACAUCUUUCAUUGAUGACAUCAACAUGCCUGUUAUCAACGAGUGGGGAGAUCAGAUUACGAAUGAGAUCGUGCGUCAGUUGAUGGAGAUGAAAGGUUUUUACAGUCUUGAUAAACCAGGAGAGUUUACGAGUAUCGUGGACAUUCAGUUCAUCUCCGCCAUGAUUCAACCCGGAGGUGGACGCAACGAUAUCCCAAGUCGACUCAAGCGACAGUUCACGGUCUUCAACUGCACUUUGCCCAGCAACGCAUCCAUCGACAAGGUGUUCAGCACUAUUGGUUGUGGGUACUUCCACAAGGCCCGCGGAUUCCCUGUGGAAGUCGUGAAUAUGAUUUCACCUCUUGUCGCGAGUACACGGAAGUUGUGGCAGAAGACCAAGGUGAAGAUGUUGCCAACACCGGCCAAGUUUCACUACAUAUUUAACCUCAGGGAUCUCAGCAGAAUUUGGCAGGGCAUGUUAGUCGUUACGUCAGAGAUUCUCAAAACGCCCAAGGUCCUGCUCAAUCUGUGGAAGCACGAGUGUCACCGUGUGAUCGCCGAUCGCUUCACGAAUCAACCCGAUAGGGACUGGUUUGAGAAGAGCCUGAUGGCGGUUGUCGAGGAGGACUUCGGGGCAGAGGUGUCGGCGAUGAUCGAUCCAGAGCCGUACUUCGUGGACUUCCUCCGAGACGCGCCCGAACCGACAGGUGAUGAGCCGGAAGAUGCGGAGUUUGAGGCGCCGAAGGUUUACGAGCCUGUGGAGACCUUCGAGAGUCUUAACGAGCGGCUUGACAGCUUUGUAGAGAUGUACAAUGAGACGGUGCGCGGUGGACGCAUGGACCUCGUCUUCUUCAAGGACGCCAUGACGCACUUGGUGAAGAUCUCUCGCAUCAUUCGUACGCCACGCGGCAACGCUUUGUUGGUCGGUGUCGGUGGAUCAGGAAAACAGAGUCUCACGAGGCUUGCCUCCUUCAUCGCCGGCUACAAGAUCUUCCAGAUUACACUAACUAGGUCGUACAAUGUUAGCAAUUUGAUGGACGAUCUGAAGGUCCUCUACAAGACCGCAGGGCAUGAAGGGAAGGGUAUCACAUUCAUCUUCACCGAUAACGAGAUCAAGGACGAGGCCUUCCUCGAGUAUAUGAACAAUGUCCUCGCUUCAGGAGAGGUGUCGAACCUUUUCGCGCGUGACGAGAUUGAUGAAAUGACCAAUGACCUGAUUUCUGUGAUGAAAGCUGAGUAUCCACGCCGCCCUCCAACUAACGAGAACCUGUACGACUACUUCAUCACACGCGUCAAGAACAACCUCCACGUCGUACUCUGCUUCUCUCCGGUUGGAGAGAAAUUCCGCAACAGAUCCUUGAAGUUCCCUGGUUUGAUCAGCGGCUGCACCAUGGACUGGUUCAGCCGCUGGCCCAAGGAUGCGUUGAUUGCAGUCGCAUCAUACUUCUUGUCCUCGUUUGACGUCAAAUGCAAACCGGAAGUGAAGGAAGCAAUGGUCAACACUAUGGGAAUUUUUCACGACACGGUAGCUGAAUUCUGUACACAAUACUUUGAGCGCUUCCGGCGACAGACUCACGUGACUCCCAAGUCUUAUCUUUCGUUCAUUUCCGGCUACAAGCAGAUUUACUCACAGCAACACUCGGACAUCGACCUUCUAGCUACUAGAAUGAACACAGGUCUGGCUAAGCUGGUGGAGGCGACCGAGUCGGUUGCCAAGUUGUCUGAAGAGCUGGUUAUCAAGGAGAAAGAGCUGGCGGUGGCCUCUAGGAAGGCAGACGUUGUGCUGCAAGAAGUCACCGUUAGCGCUACGGCCGCCGAGAAGGUCAAGAGUCAAGUACAGAAAGUGAAAGACAAGGCGCAGGCCAUUGUGGACGAGAUCGCUGAAGACAAACAAAUCGCUGAGGGCAAACUAGAGGCGGCUAAGCCAGCCUUAGAAGAAGCCGAGGCGGCAUUGCAGACCAUCAAGCCAGCGCACAUCUCCACCGUGCGAAAGCUCGCCAAGCCUCCCCAUCUGAUCAUGCGCAUCAUGGACUGUGUGCUUCUGUUGUUCAUGAAGAAGAUAGACCCAGUCCAACAGGACCCGGAUCGGCCGUGUGUCAAACCAUCAUGGGGCGAGUCCCUUAAAGUCAUGUCUCAGGGAGGAUUCCUCACAACGCUGCUUAACUUCCCCAAGGACACUAUUAAUGAAGAGACUGUUGAGCUGCUGGCUCCGUAUCUUGAGAUGGAGGAUUAUACCAUGGAGAACGCCAAGAAAGUGUGUGGUGACGUGGCUGGACUCGCUUCCUGGACACGCGCUAUGGCUAUCUUCUAUGGGAUCAACAAGGAGGUCUUGCCACUCAAGGCAAACUUGGUUAUCCAGGAAGCCCGUCUUAACAAAGCGACCACAGAACUUAAUGUAGCGCAGGCGCAGCUAGACGAGAAACAGAAAGAGCUUGAUGCAGUGCAGGCCAAGUACGACCAGGCCAUGCGCGACAAACAGACGCUGGUCGAUGAUGCCGAGGCUUGCAGGCGCAAGAUGGCGAACGCCACGGCUUUGAUUGACGGCUUGGGUGGUGAGAAAAUCCGCUGGACGGAACAGAGUAAGAAAUUUGAUCAGCAAAUUCAGAGGCUGGUAGGUGACGUUCUGCUCGCCACAGGGUUCCUGUCAUAUUCGGGUCCGUUCAACCAGGAAUUCCGUAACUUGCUCCAGAGUACGUGGAAAAAGGACAUGCGCAAAGCGAAGAUUCCCUUCUCUGAGGACAUCAACCUGACCAACAUGUUGACGGACGCUGCCACCAUCGGCGAGUGGAAUCUGCAGGGCCUGCCCAACGACGAGCUGUCCAUACAGAACGGAAUCAUCGUCACCAAGGCCUCCAGAUACCCGCUACUCAUUGAUCCACAGGGUCAAGGAAAAGCUUGGAUAAGGACCAAAGAACAGCCCAAUGAACUCCAGAUUACAUCACUGAAUCACAAGUAUUUCCGAAACCACAUGGAGGACGCGCUCUCGCUGGGAAGACCGCUGAUCAUUGAAGACGUGGGCGAGGAGCUUGAUCCAGCUUUGGACAACAUUCUUGAGAAGAACUUCAUCAAAUCGGGCAAAACUUACAAGGUCAAGGUAGGAGACAAGGAAGUUGACGUCAUGGAUGGUUUCCGGUUGUACAUUACCACCAAGCUUGGUAACCCCUCCUACACUCCUGAGAUUAGUGCCCGGACCUCCAUAAUUGACUUCACGGUUACCAUGAAAGGCCUGGAAGAUCAGCUCCUAGGGCGUGUCAUCUUGACGGAGAAACAGGAGCUUGAAGCAGAGCGUACUAAGCUGAUGGAGGAAGUGACAGCCAACAAAAGGCGUAUGAAGGACCUUGAAGAUAACCUUCUGUACCGCCUGACGAGCACACAGGGAUCCCUAGUAGAGGACGAGUCACUUAUUGAAGUGCUCAGCAGCACAAAGGCUACCUCCGAGGAGGUCAGCGAGAAACUAAUCGUUGCCGCGGAGACAGAACUCAAGAUUAACACCGCCAGGGAGGAGUAUAGGCCAGUCGCUAAUCGUGGAAGCAUCCUGUAUUUCCUAAUCGUCGAGAUGUCUUAUGUAAACGUCAUGUACCAGACGUCACUCAAACAGUUCCUCGGCGUCUUUGACAUUUCCAUGGCGCGAUCACAAAAGUCUCCGAUCCCCGCCAAACGAAUUCAGAACAUCAUUGACUACCUCACCUUUGAGGUUUUCAGAUACACAACUCGCGGUUUCUACGAGGAGCAUAAGUUUCUUUUCACUCUUCUGUUGACCCUAAAGAUCGACCUCCAAGAGAAGAAGAUCAAGCACGAAGAGUUUCAGGUCCUGAUCAAAGGUGGAGCGGCUCUCGAUCUAAAUGCCGUUGAGCCCAAACCAAAGAAGUGGAUUCUAGACUUGACUUGGCUGAACUUGGUGGAACUCAGUAAACUACCGCAGUUCACCUCUAUCCUAGGACAGAUCUCGCAUAAUGACAAGGCAUGGAAGGCCUGGUUCGACUCGGACGCUCCUGAGGAUGAGCCCAUCCCUGAUGGUUACCAUGGUUCCCUUGACACCUUCCGCAAGCUUCUGCUCAUCAGGUCAUGGUGUCCGGACCGGACACUUAACCAGGCUCGAAGAUACAUCACUGAGUCCAUUGGCAAGGCAUACGCUGAGGGCGUCAUCCUUAACCUCGAGUCCAUGUGGGAGGAGAGUGAUAACCGAACACCGAUGAUCUGCUUCCUGUCGAUGGGGUCUGACCCCACCGCUUCCAUAGAGGCGCUCGGCAAGAAACUAAGAGUUGAGUGCCGCAACAUCUCGAUGGGUCAAGGACAGGAGGUACACGCGCGAAGACUGCUGGGACAGUUUAUGAAUGAGGGAGGCUGGGUUCUACUGCAGAAUUGUCAUCUCGGUCUAGGAUUCAUGGACGAGCUCCUUGAAACGGUGAUCAGCACAGAAAACGUGAACGAGAGUUUCCGUCUGUGGAUCACCACCGAGGUCCAUCCGAAGUUUCCCAUCACCUUCCUACAGUCUAGCAUCAAGUUCACAAAUGAGCCACCGCAGGGAAUCAAGGCUGGGCUCAAGCGAACGUACGCGGGUAUAACCCAGGACCAACUGGACGUAACGAACAUGCCUCAAUGGAAGCCCAUGCUGUACGCGACCGCCUUCUUGCACACUAUCGUACAAGAGAGAAGGAAGUUCGGGCCUCUCGGGUGGAAUAUCCCCUACGAGUUCAACUCUGCUGAUCUAACGGCGAGCGUGCAGUUUAUACAGAAUCAUCUAGAUGAUAUCGACAUCAAGAAGGGUGUGUCGUGGAUCACUGUGCAUUACAUGAUCGGCGAGGUCCAAUAUGGCGGCCGUGUGACAGAUGACUUCGACAAGCGUUUGUUAAACACCUACGCCCGUGUCUGGUUCAGUGAAGGGAUGUUCCACAGCUCCUUCAAGUUCUAUCAGGGGUACACAAUCCCCAACUGCCAGCAAGUCGCCGACUUCCGCAGUCACAUUGAGGAAAUGCCACUCUUUGAUACGCCAGAGGUGUUUGGCCUUCAUUCCAACGCGGAUAUCACAUACCAGACGAAGACAACGAAUGACACGCUAGAGACUAUCGUGAACAUUCAGCCGAAAGACAGUUCCGGAGGCGGUGGCGAGACAAGGGAAUCUCUUGUCUUUAAACAAGCGAAUGAAAUGCUGGAUAAACUUCCGCCGGACUAUGUACCCCAUGAGGUACGAUCAAGGCUUCAAAAGAUGGGUGCACUAACGUCCAUGAACAUCUUCUUGCGUCAAGAGAUCGAUCGAAUGCAGCGCGUGAUAACCGCGGUGCGCACAACUCUCAUCGACCUCAAACUCGCUAUCGACGGUACCAUCAUCAUGAGCGAGAACCUCAAGGACGCUCUGGACAACAUUUAUGACGCUAGGGUACCAGCCCUGUGGAAGAAGAUCUCGUGGGACUCCGCGACGCUUGGCUUCUGGUUCACGGAGCUUAUUGAGAGAAAUAAUCAGUUCUCUUCUUGGCUUUUCGACGGAAGGCCCAGCACCUUUUGGAUGACAGGAUUCUUCAACCCGCAGGGCUUCCUGACAGCCAUGCGACAAGAGAUCACGCGUGCGCACAAGGGCUGGGCGCUAGACAGCGUGGUACUGAGUAAUGACGUCACGCGGUACAUGAGAGAGGACAUAUCCUCAGCCCCCGCGGAGGGCGUGUACGUCUAUGGUCUCUUCCUGGACGGGGCGGGCUGGGACCGACGUAACACUAAGCUUGUCGAGCCGCAGCCAAAGGUCUUGUUUACGCCACUUCCGGUUGUACACGUCUACGCGGUCAAUACCACAGGUGGACGCGACCCUAAGCUGUACGAAUGCCCUGUGUACAAAAAGCCGAGGAGGACUGACCUGGAGUAUAUCUUCUGUCUUAAUCUGAAGACAGUCCAGCAUCCGGACCAUUGGAUUCUAAGGGGCGUGGCCUUACUCUGUGAUACUAAAUAAUGCAAUAAGCUUGACUUGCCUUAUAAAGCUAUAAGCAUCACUCUGUAUUUUAAACAUUUAAUAAGGUAGCUUGGCUUUCGAUCCUUAGUAUGUUGUAUGAUACCUAAUAAGAAAUGACGUUUGCCUUUUCCAAAUAAGGCAGUGCCCUGGCUAUAUAAUUACAUAAUAAUAUAGGGCAAUAUGUCUUCUUGAUACCAAAUAAGGUAUUGGACAGGUUACUCAAUGCCAAAAUCUAGCCCAGACCUAACUGGAAAUAGAAAAAAAACGUGAAAACUUGUUCAUGGGAUAAAAGGAAAUUAGUUUAUGGUCACGUGAUCAUUUCUUAA